GCGCAACGAAGUCUUGGCGGAGACGUACCCGGAAAUGUAUAUAGUUUUUUUGUAGCUUCUAUUUCUCCUCUUUAAGCUAUUUUUACCAGUCGAAGUAAUGCACACGUGCAGUCUGGUAUCAAUUUGUGUGUUGCUCGGCCUUGUUGUGAGAUGGGGCGUUUCCCUAAAUUCAUAUUCAGGGGCGGGGAAACCUCCCAUGUUUGGCGACUAUGAAGCUCAAAGGCACUGGCAAGAAGUGACAUACAACCUUCCUCCUCAGGAAUGGUACUUCAACACCACUGAGAAUGACUUGAACUACUGGGGUCUUGACUACCCACCUCUGACUGCCUACCACAGCCUGAUCUGUGCCUAUGUAGCCAAUUCGAUAAACCCUGAAUGGGUGGAGCUUCACAAAUCCAGAGGUUAUGAAAGUCCAAUGCACAAGUUAUUCAUGAGAGCCACAGUCCUGGUGGCAGAUUUGAUGAUAUUCAUCCCUGCUGUGGUUUUAUACUGUUUAUAUCUGACUGAUGGCUCCUCUAAAAAGAAGGUGUCCACUCUGUUCUGCUUCCUUCUUUACCCUGGCCUGAUUCUCAUUGACUACGGACAUUUCCAGUACAAUGGAGUGAGUCUGGGCUUUACCCUGUGGGGGGUUCUGGCUCUGGGUCUGGGCUGGGAUGCGUUGGGCUCUGUGGCCUUUUGUCUGGCUCUCAACUACAAACAGAUGGAGCUGUACCACGCUCUGCCCUUCUUCUGCUACCUGCUGGGGAAGAGUGUCAAACUGGGCCUGAUGGGGCGAGGGCUUUUCCUGUUGAUGAGAAUUGCUUCAACAGUGUUGGUGACCUUUGCCCUCUGCUGGCUGCCCUUCCUGUCUGGCUCCGGUUACGCCAUGCAGGUGGUCAGGAGGAUCUUUCCCGUGGCUCGUGGCUUGUUUGAGGAUAAGGUGGCCAACACAUGGUGCAGCUUGAACACCCUGAUAAAGAUCAGAUCCAUUCUGUCCAGUGACUCCCAGAUCUACCUCAGCUUGGCCUGCACUCUCCUGGCAGUCCUACCAUCCAGCCUCAGACUGUUGACCAAGCCCACCUUCUGGCAGUUUAAACUGGCCUUGGCAAAUUCAUCUCUGGCGUUUUUCCUCUUCUCCUAUCAAGUUCACGAGAAGUCCAUCCUCUUGGCUGCCUUGCCUGUCUGCCUCCUGCUGAAUGACCUCCCCCUGAUGGUGAUUUGGUUCCUGCAGGCCUCGACAUUCAGCAUGCUGCCUCUGUUUCUGAAGGACGGGCUGCUGGUGCCCUAUGUUGUGACCUCGCUGGCCUUCCUCUUCUUCAGCGUCUAUCUACUGUCCCCACUGGAGACCUGUUCAGAGGAUGAGUUGAGACUGGGAGCCUACCACAAGCUGCUUUUCUGCCUGCCCAAACUGGACCUGGCCCGGAUUGUGAGAUGGAAGUUCUACAUCAGCGUCGCCUCCAUGGCUGGUGUGAGCAUCCUGACUGUCGCUCUGGAUCCUCCACCACAUCUCCCUGACUUGUUUCCUGUGUUGGUGUCUUCUACUGCUUUCAUGCACUUCUUGGGGAUAUUUGUAUAUUUCAAUAUUGUCCAGUUCAGCGAGCCACCGAGCAGAAAGAGCCAGAAGAAGACCAACUGAUGGAGCCAAAGGCAGUGAUAUGCCCAGCAUAUUUUUGUUUUAGCUCAUAUUGCUUCAGGGAAGCCGGUGUUACACUGUGGAUCUGCUCUUAAUGUACAUAAAGGAUUUCACUUGUGCCAUCAUGUCCCCAAUGCAAGUAUUCAAAAGAAAAUGAAUUGGCAACAAUCGAUUAAAGUCAAUUUACGAGAAAAAACAACUGAUGUUUUAUGGUUCUGAGAGUUAUCUGUUUGCUUUCUCUGCGUUAUAGUAAACUGAACAUCUUUGGUUUCAAGCUGUUGCUCAAAAGAAGAGAUUUUUUGACAUCACUAUGUGACAUACAUGUGAGAAGAUAAUGUGCAAAAAAGCAAUAGAUGGAGAUGCUUCUCCAAUAUGGACCAAAUAAAUUCAUGAAAUCAGUCUCUUCUUUUACUAAAUCUCAAUCAUAAUUUUUGGUUUGACCAUUGAUACUUAACUCUUAUUAAAGCACACUAUUUCUGGUUAAUCAAACAAGUACAAAUAGACAAGCAGUGUGCAGCCUUCACAUGUGACCUCAGAUAGCUCUGUGUCUGUAUGCUAAUGCUACAAUAAUAAGAACACCUGUUGAACGGUUUAUUUAUGGUUAAGACCACAGAGAGAGGUGUUGAUUUCAUUUCGUGAUGACUUUUAAAUCCAGUUUGUCGUGGUGCUAGACUUAAUGAUAUUCAAGGGUGUUCCUGUUAUUUUGUCCACCCUCAGUACCUACUCUUGGUGUUGUGUGAUUAAAACGCAUACCGGAUGGGACUGGUCCCAGGUCUAGCGGUGACUGUUGAUCAUAAGUCAUGUGACCUUUUUUUGUUUUCUACUGUAUAUUUUUUGUAUCCAGCAUUGAAGUUCUUUUGUACAAUCCUCGUUUUUGUGAAAAUAAAUAAAAUUCCUCAAUGACUUUAAAGUG